AUGGCCAGGAGGAUAAUAACAGCAGCACUGCCGUACGUAAACAACCUGCCGCAUUUAGGGAAUAUAGUAGGAUCACUGCUGGGUGCGGAUGUGUACAACAGAUAUUGCAAGAUGCGGGGAAUAUCCACUGUAUUUAUAACGGGGACGGAUGAGUACGGGACAGCAUCUGAAGUAUCAGCGGAUAAAGCAGGCUUAUCACCGCAGGAGCUCUGUGAUAUAAACAGUGCCAGGCACAAGGAGGUAUACGACUGGUUUCAAAUAAAUUACGACAUAUUUGGCAGGACAUCUGUGGACAGGCACAAGGAGAUAACGCAGUCUGUGUUCUUAGAAAUGUAUAAUAACGGUUAUUUUAUAGAGAGAGAGGAGGAGAGGUACUUCUGCAGUGGGUGCAGUAUGUUCUUAGCGGACAGGUACAUAAAUGGCACGUGCGGUAUAUGUGGAUCGGACAGUGCCAGGGGUGACCAGUGCGAUGGGUGCAGUGCCAUACUGGCGAUAGAUGAGAUAAUCAGUCCGUACUGCAGUACGUGUAAGAGUGUCCCUGUUAAGAAGAUGACCAAGCACUUGUUCUUUGAGCUUAAUAAAGUGCAGGAUAAGCUGAACCAGUUAAUAGAAGAGCACGCUGGGAAAUGGUCAUCUGUAGCCAGGCAGAUCUCUAAUGACUGGAAGAAUAAAGAACUUAUCCCACGGUGCAUAACACGUGACUUAAAGUACAACUGGGGCGUGCCUGUGCCACUGCCUGAGUAUAAGGAUAAAGUGCUUUACGUGUGGUUUGAUGCCCCGAUCGGGUACAUCACAUUCACAGACAUGCUCGGGAAGAGGGGUUGGUGGACAGAGCCAGAUGUAGAAUUAUGCGAGUUCAUGGGGAAGGAUAACGUAUUCUUCCACUCGGUAUUCUUCCCGGGGAUGCUCGUGGGGUGCAACCAGGUAAAGUACCCUAAUCUUAUAUCUGCCACGCAUUACUUGACGUACGAAGGGGACAAGUUCAGUAAGUCAAUGGGCCGUGGUAUAUUUGGAAGUGAUUUAUUAGGCGACCGGAUAGGGUGUGCAGGUGCAUGGAGGUUCCACUUAAUGAGGCGCCGGCCAGAGACGGGUGAUGCAGAUUUCUUAUGGAGGGAGUUUAAAGAGUCGUACAAUACGAUACUGAUCAAUACGAUCGGGAAUCUGUGCAACCGCAUCCUGUCCUACGUGAAGAAACGGCUGAAUGGGACACUUACCACACCAAAAUUAGACAGUAAUACGGUACAGGGCGUUAACACUGCACUGAAUAAGUACAUUAACCACAUGGAUAAAGCAGAAAUCCGAUCGGCGAUCGAGUGCAUCGUAGAUGUAGCAGGGAUGGGUAACGUAUACGUCCAGAAAGCAUUUGCAGAGAAAGUGGAUAAGGCCGAGAUGGGCGUACGGAUUUCAUCGGCUGUGAAUAUUCUGGUGGUAAUUGGGCGGAUGCUCUACCCCGUCGUACCCAAGGAGGGGGCCGAACUACUUUCGAUCCUAAGGGUAGCCGAUCGGAGUAUCCCGGACGAGUUCACAGAAGAAUUAUCGGAUGGGCACGAAAUCGGGGAUGUUCAUAUUUUAUUCCAUCCACUGACAGACGCACAGGCACAAGCAAUGGAAUCAUUCUGUUGCAACUUAUAAUUACAAUUCGGGUUAUAUCGGGUUAUACAAAUUAUAUACUAAUUCAACCGAUUAUUAUCGUAUGUAUAACAGGUGUAUAGCACAGUAAGUGUA